AUGACUCAAUUCAAAUUAUCAUUAACAAAAUUAGAUGAAAUACAAAAUCAUGAUGAUUUCAGGGUGGUUUGGUUUUCUUCGGAUAAUAAUUUGCCAAAUGAAUUAGCACAUUUUGUUGAUUACUUAGAGAAAUAUGAUUCGUUUGAAACUUGCUGUAAUUAUAUACAAGGAUUUCAAAGUGACCGUAUUAUCAUACUUGUUUUAAUCGAUUUUUUUGAAUAUUUAUCGUAUUUCAAUAAUCUUUUUCAAAUUCAAUCAAUUUAUGUUAUGCAAAGAAAUCCUCAAAAUAUGCAAUAUGAAGAACAAGAAUAUUCGAAAUUAGUUAAUAUUUUUACAGAUGAACAAACAUUAAUUGAACGAUUACGUCAUGAUAUUCUAUUAACAUAUAGACAUGAUUUACCAAUAACUAUUUCGCGUUUACAUGAUAUUAGAACUGAACAGUCUUUAAUGAGUUUGGAUAAAAAUGAAUAUACAUUUUUAUGGAAUCAAGCAUUUAUCCAUUAUCUUGUUAGUGAUUCUAAUGUAGACAUGAAUGAAUUGAAAAAAAAUAUGAUAGAACAAUGUCAACUAGAAUAUUCAAAUAAUCAAAUUCGAUUAAAAUCAAUUAAUGAUUUCGAUGAGAACUGUACAUAUGAUCAUGUAUUAAAGUGGUAUACAGGAGACUCAUUUGUCUAUCGACUUGUUAAUAGAUCAUUUCGUACGCGAAAUAUUGAUUUAAUUUGCAAAUUUCGAUAUUUUAUCAUACUUUUAUAUAAAAAACUAAAGGAAUUAUCGAUAAAACAACAAAAAGAAAAGUAUUCGACUUUUUAUCGAGGACAAAUUCUCGGUAAAAAUGAUUUAGAGAAUUUGGAGUCCAAUAUUGGACGUCUAAUAUCAAUGCAUACACUUAUGUCAACAUCACGUAAGGAAGAUGUUGCUCGUAAAUUUAUAUCUGGUGCUGAAGUUGGGGUUAUAUUUGAAAUUAACACUAUAAGUGCAAGUGAUAAUAUUCUUCAUCCAUUUGCUGAUAUUUCUCAGCUUAGCGUAAUAUCAGAUGAAGAGGAAAUUUUAUUCUUUGCCGGUGCAGUUUUUCGUAUUAAUUCUGUACAGAAAGAAAAUGAUUCUACAUGGAUUAUUAAACUUACUCUAUGUAAUGAAACAGUGGAACAGCUGGAACAAUUUAUAGAUGGUGUCACAGAGCAGUUAACUUCUAUAACAUGUUGGGAUCAUUACUUUAUGAAGAGAGAUGAUUGGUUUCUGUUUAGAAAAUAUUACAAAAUAUUAACAGGAAAAAAAAAUCUAUGGAAGGAUUUAAUGGCAAAGUUAACCAGUAUUAAUUUCUAUUAUCUAUGUGUUAUUUUCGGUGAUUACGAAAAAGUUAUAGAAUACUACAGAGAACUUUUACACAAUGAAGAAUUUAUUGAUGAUCAACUACGUAUUGUUGUUAACAUUCUGAUUGGUUAUAAUUACUAUCAUCUUUUUCAAUUUGAUAAUGCUUUAUAUUACUAUAAUAUUGCAUUUUCAUCAUUAGAUGAUAAUAAUUUAUUAAGAGGUGAACUUUAUAUUCGUAUUGGUGAUGUAUGGAGAAUAAGAAAUAAUGUUGAAACUGCAUUAUCAUGUUAUAAAAAAGCAUUAGAAAUUUUUAUCAAUCAGGAUGCUCCCUCUCGUGAUGUGGCUAGACUCUGUAGAAAAGUAUUUGAUAUCUAUCUAGAACAAAAUAAUUAUGAAGAUGCCAUUAUUUAUCAGGAACAAGCAGACAUAAUUGAUGACAAUUAUAGACAAGAAUCAGAGUUUGAUAUUGAAACAUCAUUGAAAUAUUUUCAAAAUCAAUUAGAUAAUCAAUCUGAUCAUUCACCACUUCAACGUGCUAAUACUUUAUAUUCAAUGGGUCUAUGUUUUAUGAAGAAAAAUAACUAUUCUCAAGCAUUAAAAAACCUUUUACAAGCGAAAGAAUUGUUUGAAAAGCAUGUAACAUCGUACAAUAAUUUUCGCGAUAUAUUUUCUUCUCUCUUUGAGAGUAUUGCAUUGGUUUAUGCACUGUUGAAGGAUAAUUUCAAUGCAUUGAUUAUGUUAAAAAAACUUCAUGAUGUACAUAUGAGUUUUAAUUCAGACUAG